UCGAAGAUUGGGCCUCAGCAUGAGGCUGCUCGCUGUUCUGCUACUAUCAGCGGUUUCCCCCCUCUGCGAGGGAAAGUGGACUUUGAGCGCCAUUCGGCCGGCGAGAAGGGAACCUCGGCCAAAAGAAAAGAAUCCACACUAUGAUAACUAUGACGUGUACUACUACAGACCCGAAACGAUAGCUCAUCCGCCUCCUCCUCCUCCUCCUUAUGGCUAUGGCUCUCACCAUACACCUCCGCCCUAUCACUCCCAUUGCCAGUGCAAGCCCGGACCGCCGGGCGCUCCAGGACCUCCGGGUAUUCCUGGAUUGCCAGGCGAUGAGGGACCCGCAGGAGAAAAAGGAGAUCGCGGCGACCGGGGUGAGAAAGGAGAACGGGGUAAGAGAGGCAGGCCAGGCUAUACAGGAUUUCCAGGUCCCAUUGGACCCCCAGGCCCGCCCGGGGUGCCAGGAGCCCCAGGAAAGGGUUCAGGUCAUCGACAAGGGCCAACAAUUGUAUAUUUACCGGCAAAGGAAGCCGCGAAGGGGGAGAACCCCCCACGAAAGCCCGAUAACAGUCAGCCCAUUAAAGAAACUAAUAAACCCAAGGAACCGCAACCCUCUAGGGCACAUUUGGAUAAAAUAAAAGUUAAAGUUGCCAAGCCACAGCUGACCCAAAACCACAAGAACCCGAGUCAGAAUCCAUCAAAGCCACAAGAUAAACCCGUAUCAUAA